ACAAGUGAACUUGGGGAGAGAACAAAUAGGCUUCAGAACAAGGGUUGUGACCAGGGGGGGCUCUGCAGGAACCCAGGAGGCAGGGGGUCGUUUGAGAAGACAGACAGAGGGCUCGCUCUGCAAACACUGUAUCUAUCUGACACUUCUAGAGAUGUCUUACAGCUGGUACCAUGGUAACAUCACUCGUUCGAGAGCUGAGGAUCUCCUGUCACAGGCUGGAAAGGAUGGGAGUUACUUAGUGCGAGACAGCGAGUCUGUCUGUCGUGCUUACGCUCUGUGUGUGCUAUAUCAAAGUUGUGUCUACACAUACAGGAUCCUACAGAACACAGAGCAGCAGCUGUCCGUGCAAGCUUCAGAAGGUGUGCCAAUGCGUUUUUUUACCACUCUGCUGGAGCUGAUUGACUUUUACAGAAAGGAGAACGUAGGAUUGGUCACUCAUCUCCAAUUUCCAAUACAGAAGGAGGAAGAGGGACCUGAAGAGCAAGAUGAAGAACAAGAUCAAGCACCCCCAAAUGUACCACCAAGAAAUCUUUCUACCUUUCCAUCUGUGGAAGUAAAAGACACCUCAAUAACCGUAGAGAAACAUGUAAUAGGAAAUUUCCAGCUACUCUCUGACAUGUUACUACAAAGACUUCAGGACAUCGACACAAGAAGCGUUCCUGACGAGCAUUUGCAGGCAAUACGUCAGUAUCUGUGUCACCACGUCAGCAGUGAUUGCGAGAUGGUGCAGAAUGGAUCUCAGAACCUUCCUCAGUUAAAAAAACUUCUGAUGACUCUUUGCACUGGACUGUACAGUGAGGUUACCCGCACGUUGCCAUCCCUGGAAUCACUGCAGACUACAUUUGAACAGCAGCUGUCUCCUGGCUUUAAGCAGCGCUCUCCAAUACCUUGUGAUGCCAGCACUAGUAACAUAAUGAAUAAACUGAGCCAGCUCACGUCCUUGGUCUCAAGCCUGGAAGAAAGGGUGAGAACAGUAUUAGCAGAUGGUGCGGCUGUGAAGCACAGACGAUCUCUCAUACCUCCUAUAAUAUUUGAGGUUAAAGCAGAUUCUCUAGGUAUAUCCCAAAAAACUCACCUGAAAGUGGAUGUUGAAACCGGGAAACUUAUUAUCAAAAAAUCAAAGGAUGGUCCAGAUGAUAAAUUCUACCCCAGCAAAAAAAUUCUUCAGCUAAUAAAAUCCCAGAAGUUUCCCAAUAAACUCGUAAUUGUUCUGGAAACGGAAAAGGAAAAGACACAGCGUAAAGAGUAUGUCUUUGCUGAUUCAAAGAAACGAGAAGGUUUCUGCCAACUUCUCCAGCAAAUGAAAAACAAACACUCGGGUCAACCAGAACCUGAUAUGUUAACUAUCUUCACUGGGACAUGGAACAUGGGAGACGCUGCCCCACCAAAAGAGAUCUCAUCUUGGUUUCUCUGCAAAGGCCAAGGCAAGACCCGCGACGAGACAACAGAUUACAUAGAACAUGACAUCUAUGUGAUUGGUACACAGGAGGAUCCACUAAACGAGAAAGAAUGGGUGGAUAUCUUGCAGCGUUCUCUCAAUGAGAUUACUUCAUCUGAAUAUAAACUGAUUACAAUACAUACAUUGUGGAAUAUUCGAAUUGUUAUUCUGGCAAAGCAGGAACAUGCUCAUCGAAUAAGUCAUGUAUGCACUAACAGCGUGAAGACAGGGAUUGCCAACACACUUGGUAAUAAAGGAGCAGUUGGCGCAUCUUUUAUGUUCAAUGGUACAUCAUUUGGCUUCAUAAACAGUCACCUUACAUCUGGGAGUGAAAAGAAGCUAAGGAGGAAGCAGAAUUAUUUCAACAUCCUGCGAUUUCUAGUUAUGGGAGAUAAAAAGCUUAGUCCUUUCAACCUCACGCAUCGUUUCACCCAUCUUUUCUGGCUAGGAGACCUUAACUACAGAAUUCAACUUCCCAACUCAGCUGCAGAGAACAUUGUCCAGAAAAUUAAAAUGCAGCAACAUCAAGAGCUUCUUUCCUAUGACCAGCUGAACAUGGAGCGGAAGGAAAGCCAGAUCUUCCUGCACUUUAAUGAGGAAGAAAUCACGUUUCCACCAACUUACCGCUUUGAAAGAGGAAGCCGAGAACGCUAUUGCUACACCAAACAGAAGGCCACAGGGAUGAAGUAUAAUUUACCUUCCUGGUGUGACAGGGUGCUGUGGAAAUCUUACCCUCAGAUGCAUGUUCUAUGUCAGUCCUAUGGAUGCACGGAAGACAUAACUACCAGUGAUCACUCUCCUGUAUUCGCUACAUUCCAAGUCGGUGUAACAUCUCAGUUUGUCUCCAAGAAUAAUCUAGGGGAUCCAGAUUCUCAGGGUUACAUUGAACUGAUGAACUGCAGGGCUACCCUGCACACCAAGAGUCAUACAAAAUUCUACAUUGAGUUCCAUUCGUCCUGCCUAGAAAACACAGUUAAGAGCUCAGAGUCUGCAGAUCAGGAUGCAGAUAACGGAACCCUAGUGGUGAAGUUUGGAGUUCUUCCCAAGCUAACGCCAAUUAUCUCUGACCGCGAAUAUCUCUUGGACCAGCACCUUCUGAUUUGUAUCAAAUCUUUAGAUACUGAUGAGUCCUACGGUGAGGGCUGCAUUGCACUGAGAUUGGAAAACCCUGAAGAGCAGUCGCAAUUCUGGACCCCUUUGGCACACCACGGAGAAGAAACAGGGUGCUUCCAAGGAGAAAUCUGUCUCCACGCCUCCGAAGGAAAACAACGGGAGAAGCUGUAUGACUUCGUGAAGAUUGAGAAGGAUGAAACAGUGGCUCAUAAGCAACUAAAAUCUCAGAACUUCCAGAAUUGGGAACCAAGCAGGAGUUUUAAAAGUUUUGCUGAAAAGAGUUCUCUAACAGCUCGUCUGCGAGGGGUGCAAGUAUGUCCUCCAGAGACACUUACCAGCACAGAUCACAGCAUCACAACCUUUUCUGGCCAGGUAAAACAGAGCCCUCCUGGCACACCCUUAGGUUUUAGAGGAAAUGAACAGCGCCCCAAACCAAGUUCCCCUGUGCAAGUCCAUGGGGACACCCCAAUCACACCACCUGCUCGCACUUCAUCAGCAGCACAGAAAUUCUCACACAGCAACACCACUCGUUCAGUCCAAGGUGUCCAUCAGCAGGAGUCUUGUCGGAUCACAGCACCACCUGACACUCCUGAAAUGGUUGACAAUCCCUUAUAUGGGGCGGUCACUAGUGCACUCUACCCUCCACAAGCCCAGAUCCGUCCUCUAAAGCCCCCGGAACCCAAGGCACGCACCUCUCCUGCGAUCCGGCCACGCUCCAUGACAUGCUCUUCUACGGACAAGAAGCCCAUCCCUGCAGAUAAAACUACAGCUAAGAACACUGCAUUUGUACAGGCUCUUCAGAGUCAUCCUCGCAUCGAAAGUGGCCCAGCUAUUCAAAAGCCACGGCCACCUGUGCCAGCCAAAAUCCAGGCAUCUCGUGACAGUCAGCAUACCUAGAUAAUGAGAGUGAAGACCCUAAAUAAGUGGAACCAGGAAAGGGUUCCAGAAAAGAACUGUCAGAGAACAAGAGCAAUUUCAAGAUUAGCAAACACAGACAAUGCCUUUAGAAAACGUUUGGAUUGUCGCAUUUAUGGAGAAAGAACUAAUGCACACUAUUGAGUGUGUGCAAUGCUUAUCUGUCUGAAUCAUGAAAUGAUAGAAAUAUCCACCAAAAGAUCUCCGAGCUGGCAAUUUUACUGAACAAUGCUACAGAACACCAUUUAUUUUAUACACAGACAAAUGCAUGAGUCGGUUUCCCUGCCCAGGUGCAAUUUAACAAGUCCUAGUUUUAAUCUCUGCGUACGUCUAAUCCAUGUGUGUGAACUAAUUCUUCAACUUUUUUUUUUUUUUUUAAAAAGCUUAAAGGCUCAGGCAAGUCAAGCAAUAUCUGUGAUGGGUUCACACAUUUAAACACUUUGAUUCAUGUAAAAAAAUAAUUUCAGAGCACUAUAUCCUGAUUCUUUCCAAAACACCAUAUGGUAGCACCCUACCAGUGAAAUUGGUAAAUUGUCGGAGCAGAUAGCUAAUGUCACAGGAAGUGCUCAGUUAAGCUUUGAUGCGGGUAAGCCAGGUGGGGUCUAUUGCUUUUAAACUCGGCAGAAUCAGUGCAGUGAAGGUCCACUCUUCAACACUGGAUUUAAAUGUAUAACCCUGCACUCACUGGAUCUUUGUUAUUGGUACUUUGGAAACUCCAUUAUAAUAAUGAUAGGUAUUUUUUUCAGAUUGAUUACGACUAACUGGCAUUUAUAAUUUGAUCCAACCAAGACACACAUUUAUAUACCAUGCCAAACUAGACAUAAAUUGCCAUGUUGUGGACGACAGAAGUCCGAGAUAAGUGUGAGUACAGUUUACUUAUGGACAAACUGGACCACGCCAUCUCUAAAGGUCACUAAAUAGCAAUUUUACUAUGGCAUUAAAUGAAAGGGCACUAUUUUUAUAUAAUUGAAUUGGUUAUUAUUCCUGGAGCCCCCUCGCACUGUCCCUCCAUUCAGUGUUAAACCUUUCGAGCAGGUUAACACUGAAUGAGGGAUCCCGGCCACCCACAGCUAGGCCUCUAAUGGAGGAGUGGCUAAGACAGAGAUUACACUCUUCCUUCUAGCCAUACCAAUUCAUACCAGAAAUGAUUUCUGUGCUAGGCUGAAAGAGGUCAGUUGAUAUUCUCAGCCAAUCACAGCUGCCCAUUGGUACUUUAGGCUAAUGCUUCCUCAUUAGCACAAGCAUCACAGAGGGGGUGGGCUGCUGGGGCUCUCAGAUAGCAUUAAAACAUUAAAUGGAUUAACACUUACUGGAAGGAUGGUGCCAGGGGACUCGAGAUACUUAUAACCACUUCGGUGAGAUGAAGCAGUUACAGUGCCUACAGUGUUCCCUUUAGGCCAACCUUUGGUAUUCCAGUUGCUGUGAACUUUGGUUACACAGAUGCUGACAGGAGCUUUAGCAUCACAGUAUCAGCUUGAGUACCAAAAAACUAGCAAUCGCUAGCAUAUAGUAUAGAGCUGCGUAUGGAUGCUUACAUAGGUAAUUACAGAAACUCUGAAAAAGGUCAGUGACUUUAUACUAUGCAAAGUAUUUAAUGCUACAUUGAAACCUAGAUUUGUGAUUGUAUUUAUUUGAAAACAAAAAAAAUAAAGUUGUUUUAAGAAAAUUG